AUGCCAAAGAGAAAGGUUGGUGAAAGUCUCUCUGAAACAUGUUCACAUCAUGAGGGAGAGAUGAUAAAAUAUUACUGUAAAACACAUGACACAGUUGGCUGCAGCUCUUGUAUGAUCAUACACCACAAACCAUGCCUUGAAAUCUGCACCCUCACAGAUAUAGAUAAGGAUGUGGAACUAUCAUCUGCUUACAAACAUUUCUGUACAAGAAUGACGACAGCCAAGACAAACCUAGAGGAUCAAAUAAAAACUGCAAGAGAAAACAUAGCAAUAAGUAGAUCUUGCAGAGAAAUGGCUCUUUCUGAAAUCAAAAAGCUACAGCAGAAAAUCAACAUGCAGUUUGAGUUGCAGAAGCAGGAACUUGCAAAAGAAGCUGAGGAAAAAGAGAACAAUGAAGUAAGAAAACUGAAAAAAGUUGAAGAUUCAGCCAAUAAUACAAAAAAUGUUCUAGAUAAACUGAGAGAAGAUUUUCAUAUACUGGAGGAAACUAAACAAAGCAAACAGCUAUUCAUUGCAUUAAAGAAAAAUCAAGAAAAACUGAACUCUCUUGAACAAAAAGUGGCAGAUAUACAAAAAGAAAACAAAGUGGACAAAUAUUGUUUCAUUCCAAACAAGUUCCUGACCAGUAUGCUGAAAAAUGUGAAUGCUCUUGGUGAACUGUGUGUACAAAAGGAAGAAGAAUCAGGAGAGGAUCUGAAAGGUUUCUAUGGAAACUAUCCUGAAUAUGGAAUGCCAAGAGGAUGCCUAAUAUCAGAUGAAAAUGUAAUCAUACUAGAUACAAUUUACAAUCGUGUAAGGUUAUAUUCAGUAGAUAAGAAGAAGUUGGUAACGGAGAGAGAAUUAUCAUCAUGUCCAUGGGAUAUUGCAGUUACUGGUGAUAACAAGUUUGCAUUAACAUUGCCAAAUGAAAAUAAAAUCAAAAUCAUGUCUGUUGAAGAUGAAAACAUUACAGAAGGAGAAGAAAUCAAUGUUGAUGCUAGAUGUGAGGGAAUACACUUUGCAGAGGACAAGCUAUAUAUGACUUGCAGUAAACCUGCACAAGUUUUAAUUCUGAAUACAACAGGAACAAUAAUCCAAUGUUAUAUAAAAGAUCAAGCAGGUGAGCAGUUGUUCCAACAACCAGCUUAUAUAUCUUUCCAUGAUGAAAAGCAACUGAUCUGUGUCUCUGACAGAAAGGCAAACUGCAUUGUGACUAUGGCAACUGAUAGGAAAGUGCAAAAUAUCUUCAAAGAUGAAAAUUGGAAAAUGCCUCUGACAAUUGUGGUAGACGACGAUGAGAUCUAUACUUCAGACUUUGAAAAUCUUAACACAACAUGCAGAGAUUUAACUACUGGUGAAUGUCAAACAAUGAACAAAUUUGUAUUAGCGAAGCAUCCAAAAUUGAGGAAAAAUCAUUUUUCAUGUGAGUUUUACAUAGAAGAACGAGAAGAAGAAGAAGACACAGACAGUGACACAGAAGAACAAGAAGAAAAAGACACAGACACAGACAGUGACACAGAGAGUGACACAGACAGUGACUAA